AUGGAAAUUUAUUUUAAAAAGAAUAAAUAUUUGAAUGAUGGAAAGUUGGAUCCAAGAGAAGAAUUAAGAAGUUUCGGAGAGGACAAGAACUCUCGAGCAAAUCUCGAAGCAGCAUUAAGAGCUCUCAACGAAAUGGAUGCUCUGAAAAUGCAACUGCUCCUCAGCCGUCCACGUCUUUCUCUACCACUGCUUCCACAUCUCAAAUUGCUUCCGGAGAUGGCAGAACACGUUGUCGGAAGCGUGAAGCUACCCCACAUCCAAAAGAAGCGGAUAAGAGAUCUCGAAAUUAGACUUUUUUGA